GCGGUAAGAAACAAAUACCAAACUUAAUGGUGCUAAUCUGAAAUAUACCAAUGUAUAACUUUCAGUUAUUACCGAUUUUGGUUCCAUCAAAUAUACUGUUUAUUUAAUAAUCUUUCCAACUCAAGCUGUAGUUUAUAAGUUCCUUCUAAUUCAAAAAGCAUGACAAGUACUUCGGUUAGUGUCACUUACAAAUAAAGUGACAAAAAACAUGAAACAUAGCAUAGAAAGUGUGUACAGCCUUGAAUAGUUGUGGUAUAACAUGAUGUUAUCGUUUCUAAUUUAUCACACACGAGUUGUAAGCCGGGCACUUGCAGUCUAACAAACUAAAGACUAUACGGAAAAUACGGACUAUAAACUAAUUAAAUAAAAAUUCGAAUAUCUUCUAAGAUCACUAAAGACUACAUUGACUUAUAUUCAAACAUAAGUUCAGAUAUAAGUGAUUUCUUUGAAUCAAAUGAUUCUUCUGAUGACGUACAAUCUAGCGAAUCAGAAUCAUCAAACGAAUGGAACUCAACUGAAAUUUAUCAAUAUAAGGAACUCACGCCAUCUGCUGAAACUUUUUCACAUGAAAACAAUGUGAACGAAAUCUGUAUGCAGUGUAUAUGUGAAAAUAUUUCCGGGUGCAAGCCAAAAAUGUGUGGUAAACAAUCGUGUGGAGUGUUCAGAAUUUCAGAAAGUUAUUGGUUUGAUGCUGGUGAACCAACUGUCUCACAAAACGAAUAUACAAACAGUAAAGAUGCUAGUGAUUAUUUUUUUUGUGUUAAUGACCGAAAAUGCGCAGAAACGACUGUAAGGGCAUAUAUGAAAAGAUUCUCUAGAGAUUGUAAUAGAGAUGGUGUUAUCGAUUGCCUUGAUUAUAUAUUGAUACAUUUACUUGGACCUACAGGUUGUCUUACUACUUCUUUAAGUUUCCACUUCUUUAAUGUUAUGGAGCUUUGCUUAUCUCAUGCGAGUUCUUUGGAAGAUUACCCAUAAUACACAUUAAAUUUAUUUAUAAGAUUUAUUUAU